GAAACAUUUAAGGAAGUUAGGGCGGUGGUUGAGAGAGAGAGAGAGAGCAGCACGGGCUAACUGACUAUCCAGCUUCUCGAAAUCAGGUAAACACACACAACAGCCAAAAUGUCGAGCAAAAGGGCAAAGGGAAAGACCACCAAGAAGCGCCCCCAGCGUGCUACCAGCAAUGUGUUCGCUAUGUUUGACCAGUCUCAGAUCCAGGAGUUCAAGGAGGCCUUCAACAUGAUCGACCAGAACCGUGACGGGUUUGUCGACAAGGAGGAUCUGCACGACAUGCUGGCCUCACUGGGGAAGAACCCGUCUGAUGAGUACCUGGAGGCUAUGAUGACUGAAGCUCCUGGGCCUAUCAACUUCACCAUGUUCCUCACCAUGUUCGGAGAGAAGCUCAACGGUACAGACCCUGAGGACGUCAUCAGAAACGCUUUUGCCUGCUUCGACGAAGAGGGCACAGGUGUCAUCCAGGAUGAAUACCUCAGAGAGCUGCUGACCACCAUGGGCGACCGCUUCACAGACGAGGAAGUGGAUGAGCUCUUCAGGGAGGCGCCCAUUGACAAAAAGAGUAACUUCAACUACGUGGAGUUCACACGCAUCCUAAAACACGGAGCCAAGGACAAGGACGAUUAAGACCACAGCCAUGCCAGUCAUUAUGGUUUCUCUCCACCCCCUCUGACCCCUCUUCUCCUUUACCACCGGCUAGACCAUCUUGCUGCGUGUCUCGGCUCUAUAAAACCCAUGUUUUUUAAGCAAGCGAAACCACUGCUAUCAACCAUACCUGGGUCAUUCCACUAAUUCAAUGCCUUUUGAGGAGUCUAACUUGGCAUAAAACAUUUUUUUUCUAACAUUCUGUUAUAAAGGCACAUGUUCAUCUUCAUACAAACUAGUUUUCCCAUCUCCUGAGGUUAAAUAAGCAUUACUAUAGUACGUGACAAAGGAACAGGGUUGACAAUUUAAUCUUAAAUCAGCCAUAAAUCCCCUUGUGAUGGAGAGUGGAAGCUUGUGUGCAACAGGCAGUGGUAAUUGAAUGAAAGCUUCACAAAUUAAAAUGGUUAACAUUAAUAGCGUCUCUAUGGGUAAUAGGGUUGACGUGUUAUGCUCGACCUGCUCAGUUUUCCAGUUUGAUUUGACUAUUAGCUGUUCAAUGUUUCUUUAGAAAAAAAUAUUUAAAGAGGAAUGGUUUCACCAUAUUAAAACGAGUUCACAUAACAGGGUUGACCUUUAAAAUGAGGGAAAAGUGUAAAUUAUUCACUAAUCACAUGAAAUAAAUCUUCAGAAAUGACUGUCAAAGCAACAAAAUAAAUGGAGCAUUACAAUGCUGGUGAAAUUUUGGGGUUAAGUGGGUUAAAAAAAGUUGGUGUGUUUGAAGGGACAUGUCAAAAUACUGAGUCUUGGCACUUUUGCAAGUCUUUAUUCAUAUUGAAAAUCAUCAGAUUUAUUGAAUUCUCCAUGUGUUAUAUAUUAAAUGGAAAUUUAAAAAUGCAAUAUUGGUGCACAAAUUCCACUCAAAAUAUCAAAGAGAUGUGAAAGGCACUCUUUUCAUGGAAUGACCCACCUGUGAGCUCCCAUUUCAAUACUGCCAGAUUUGCACAUCUGUAUUAGAGAAAUGUAGCGAGCUGGUGAUUUGUGAAUAUCCAAAACAAUGUACUAGUCUGUGAUGUGAAAGUGGUAGAAAAUGCAACUUGACGCAAGCGCCUAAGUUACUCAAAUGGCCUGGUCUAGCUGAAUUUUUACAUUUGAUAAUAAAUAUAAACUUUUUAAAUAAAGUACUCUCAACUUGUA